AUGGUCACCGGCGGAAGAUUCGAAGUCUUAUUAUGUGUUCGAUCUCGAUCCGGUGAUGAGAAAGGGAGGAUGGUGAUGAUGAAUUCUCUUACGGUGUCGUGCUUUUUGGCUGUCUUGGUGGUGGGGUUUUGUGCGAGGUUCGAUGAUUCCCCCGGUGGGUCUGGAGGUGUCUCCGAGAACGAUAUCGAAUCGGUGGCCGAUACGGAGAAAAGGUUGAAGAAAUUGGUGAACUCGGGGGUGAAGUUUGCCCUCCCGUACGUCAUGAGUACGGUGACCGAGAUCAAAAUACAGACGAGCUGCAUGAGGGGAUUGCUCAAGCUCAUGAGGGGUGUGAUGGACAUCAAAGAUUGGGCUGUGAGAAUGGUCGACGCUCUAGGCAAGCCGUCUGCGGGGAUACUCGAGGGCACAGCCACAGCGAUGGGUGAUUACGAUGAAUGUUUGGACAUAGUAGUUCCUAAAAACACCAGGGCCGCGUCUUCGCCACCUUAUUCUGAAAAGGAGAUCGAUUACGAAGGGCAGUACUGCGUCGUCCAGAUUCACAUUCCAGAAGGCAUAAGGCAAGCAGCAAUGGCGUACCAGGCUGGAAAUAGGACGAACUCAGACUUGGCCAAUUCCAAAACGAGGCAACGAUAUGGUUGA